UUAAAUUAGAAGGGAUAUGAUUUUUUUGGAAUAAAAUAAACGUUAUAAUGUAGGGUGAUUAAAAACCGGACUGUGUGUUGUCUUACAGAAUGUUUUUAAAGUAUUUUGUUGAAAUAGUGUGUGCUUUGAGGUUUGAGAGCUGCUGGACCGGGUCGGUGCUCCACAUCACUGUGAGGGCACAGUAGUAGCCCAUAGGGGGCGACAGAGAGCCCCGAUUCUGUAAAAACAACAUCUCACCUUCUUUCUUUAGUCCAAGUGCAGGAGCACGUUAGAGUGACCAUGGAGUGCGUCUGCUGUCAUGUAGUUCAGCGUUAAUACGGCGUGAAUAGUGGGCGAAGGGGGACUCUCGAGAGGACACGAAGGAGCCAGGCGCCAGCUAUGGCCGCGCGGGAGGAAGGAGAGGCUCUGCACGGCAAAAUAAGACACCACGACGGGGCUGGAAGUGUAAACAGCUCGGAGGGCUUCAGGAACGGCUAUGUGAAGAGCUGCGUCACCCCCCUGAAACAGGACCCCCAGAGGGGAUUUUUGUUCAGCUUGUGCAGGUUUUGCAACGAGGACGUUCUCAAUUCGAAAUUGUUAAAGGUCUCUGCCCUGUACGUCGGCGCCUUUGUUGUUUUCGCGAUUUCCUUUCUCCUUUCUAGGACCUUGCAAAGUGACUCGCUAUGGGAUUUGCGGACUUUUUUGUCGGGCUUCUCCCAGUCCAUCAGUCCACUCUUCAGCCUAGGAUGUGCUUUCUUCUUUCUAACGUUCUACCUGAGGAGGAAAAAGAAGGAGAGCAGCAAAUGUUGGCUGGUGUCGCUGCCAGCGUCCUGUUUCCUCGGGGAUUUUCUGGUUUUGCGCUUUUUGCAGUGGGGAGAGGACCAGCACCAGAUGCAAAUGGUGGGCAGGUUGCUGUUCGUGCUGGGAUGUGUGGGUCUGCUCACGCUGAUCCCGACCCUGAAGCUCAAACACAGCGUCCUCAUACUGGUGUUCGCCAGCGUGGUGUGGCUGGUGUCUUUCACAAGUUUGAGCGGUCUGCCCGCACUCCUCAGACCGCUCCUGGCGUGCUUCGCCGGGGUGUCGGGCUGCCUGUUGGGGCUCUGUUUCGACCGCUACUACCCGGCGAGGGAUGCGCCGAGCGGGAUUUCCAGCGUGGAGGAGAAGGUCCCCGUCAUCAGACCGAGGAGACGGUCCAGCUGCGUGUCUCUGGGGGAGACGUCGACCAGCUAUUAUGGCAGUUGUAAAAUGCCCCGCAGACCUUCGUUGCCCUGCAUAUCUAGAGAGCAGAUGAUCUUAUGGGACUGGGAUCUGAAGCACUGGUACAAACCGCAGUAUCAGGGCGCAGUCAGCGGGAACGGCGUUGAUCUGUCAGUCAUCAACGAGGCCAGAAACCUGGUGUCCGAUGUGCUGGUGGACUCAUCUCUGUCGGCCAACACCAUCGCCAACCUGCGCAGCAUCUCCAGCCUGCUGGGGACGUUUUCAGGGUCAUGCCGUCCGAGGGUCAACCCCUUCACGCCUUUCCCCGGCUUCUACUCUGUGGAGGCGGAGGACUCUGUCGACAGGACCGACAGGAAAAACAUUAAGGGUCUGAGCAGCAGAAACAGCCUCCCUACUCCUCAACCCAGGCGGAGUUCUACGUCCUCGGCACCAACUUCCUUCGCCGCUCUGGACUCCCCCGCUUCACGCUGGGAGCGUAACAACGGAAAGAGGCAGCACUCUGAACUCAUCCUCAUGAGCUCAGGUCUGCCCAACGGUCCCAAUUCAAACCUGCUCACCAUUCCCAAGCAGAGGUCUUCCUCUGUGACUCUCACAUACCAUGCUGGGGCCAGAAGGCCAGGCGCAUCCCCCAGCCUUAGUCCUGUAACCUCACCCAGCCACAGUCCUCCAGCCCUGGGGACAGGAGGCUCAUCGUCCCAUGUCAGUCGAUCACCUGUGGAGUUCCCAGACACGGCGGACUUCCUGACGAAGCCAAGUGUUCACUUGAACAUGCACAAGCCUUUAAGCUACCCUAUUAGCUCUGCCGAUUCCCAGCAGGCCUUCCGCAACUCUACCUUUCCCGUCUGUACCAGCUGUGGCCGUCAGAUGCUCAAGGGAGUUUCCAGCAGUGACCAUGGGGAUUCUCACCCUCCGUUUAACAGCGAGGGUCAAUGCAGGCGCUCAGGUGAAGGGCUGGACUUUAGUGGGGAGCCUGUUAUAAGAGAGGAGAGCAGUGAGCUGGACGUGUCUGCAGAUGGAAGGCUAGAAGCUGGAAGAAACCAGGGCCUGGCCGAAGAGGAGGAGGAGAGCUCGAGCACGGAGCAGUCAACGCCAAAAUCAGAGGAUGAACAGGAAUUCAAGUUAGAUCCCAUGCUGGAGGACCACGAGGCUCUCAUGGAGAAAAUGAACACCUGGAACUUCCAGAUCUUUGACCUGGUGGAUGUAACAGGAGGGAAGACGGGACGCAUUCUCAGCUAUGUCACAUACACGCUUUUCCAGGACAUGUGUCUGUUUGAAAUCUUCAAGAUCCCCGUGAGGGAGUUCAUGUCAUACUUUCAUGCUCUGGAAAACGGCUACAGAGACAUUCCCUACCAUAACCGGGUCCAUGCUACUGAUGUGCUCCACGCUGUCUGGUAUUUGACCACUCAACCCAUCCCAGGCUUCCAGCAGAUCCACAGCGAGCAUGUCACAGGAAGUGACACAGACUCCGAUAGUGGCAUCUCUCCAGGCAGGAUAUCCUACGCCUCCUCCAAGAGCUCCUCAGUCUCAGACGACAGCUAUGGCUGCCUGGCCUGGAACAUCCCCGCUCUGGAGCUCAUGGCCCUUUAUGUAGCUGCUGCAAUGCACGACUAUGACCAUCCAGGUCGCACUAAUGCCUUUCUAGUCGCCACUAAUGCACCUCAGGCUGUUCUCUAUAAUGACCGCUCGGUUCUGGAGAACCACCACGCUGCGUCUGCCUGGAACCUCUACCUGUCCCAGCCCGAGUACAACUUUCUGGCCAACCUCGAUCACGUGGAAUUCAAGCGAUUCCGCUUCCUUGUCAUCGAGGCCAUACUGGCCACAGACCUCAAGAAGCACUUUGACUUUUUGGCUGAGUUCAAUACGAAGGUGAACGAUGUGAAUAGUCCUGGAAUAGAUUGGACCAACGAGAAUGACAGGCUACUGGUAUGCCAAGUGUGCAUCAAGCUAGCAGACAUAAACGGACCAGCUAAAGUCCGGGACCUGCACCUGAAGUGGACCGAAGGCAUCGUCAAUGAGUUUUACGAGCAGGGAGACGAGGAGACAAAAUUGGGAUUACCCAUCAGCCCCUUCAUGGACCGCUCGGCCCCGCAGCUGGCCAAGCUGCAGGAGUCCUUCAUCACCCACAUUGUUGGACCACUGUGUAAUUCUUAUGAUGCUGCGGGCCUGCUCCCUGGCUACUGGAUUAGUAAAGAAGGGUCGGAUGAAGAGGAGGACGAGGGGCAGGGGGACAUCGAUUUGGAUGAAGAUGAAGAUGAGGAAGAUGUGCUAGAAGAUGAGCUGGCUCCAAGAAGGACGAAAAAUCGCCGCAGGCUGUACUGCUGCAUCAUGCACCACCUGACGGAGAACCACAAGGUUUGGAAGAAGAUCAUCGAGGAGGAGGACAAAAACAAAGAUCUGGGCAAACAACAGCAGCAGGACAGCUUGCCCUCCUCCCCAUCAGAUGACAUCCAGGUCAUCCAGGAGGAGGAGGAGGGAGAGGAAAGACAGUAAUGGAAGGAGUAGGACGAGCAGGAUCCCCGGUCCUUUUUCUUACCUGCCUUUCACUGACUGAUAAAUGCACAUAAAAACAAAAAAAAAGAAACACUUUCCUCCUUCUUUCACAAACACACCAAUCGAAAGCUUCACUGUGCAGAUGCUCAAACGCUGAAACAGUCACGUUGUGUUUUUGUUUUGUUUCUUUUUUUAUUUUAUUUUGGAGAAACAAAAAGGCCUUACUACUGUGAGCGGAUCCUUACUGCAACGGUGGGGGCCCCAACCCCUAUGCACUUUCAACCCGUGGAGAGUCAAGUGCACCCAGUAAAAAACAAAAAAAGCAUCAGAAGCGAGGAGGAAGGUGCUGAAGAAGAGGAGUGCGGACAGGUUCCAGCAUUGAGUUGCUCACCUGGUUGUGAUGCUGCCUUGAAUGCAAAGCACUCAACACCUUCUGUAGGUACAAAACAGCACCUGUACAUUCAGAAAAAACAAGGAUGAAGCAAAGGACUUCAAGAAAUGAUCGAUACCCUUUACCAAAGUGAACAGUCGAUGCGCGGGAAGACAACAGUCUGAAACUGUUUUUUAAUGAUGUGCCUGUCUGAACCUCUAUUAAGCCCAUAUUGGCCCUUGUAGUUCUCUCACCUUGCUGGCGACACGAAACACUGUAUCAGACUCAGUCACAGACAAUAUUGAAAUGUUGGCUGAUUAAUAGCAUUAUAUCUGCAUCAUUUUGGAUGCUUUUAUUCAUGUGUAACAUCUUUCUCCUCUUUUUUGUUU